AUGCCUCCCUUCACCAUCUCCCCCAUCACCUCCCCCGCCGAUCUAACCGCUGCCAUCAACCUCUUCACCGAAUACGCCACCUCCCUCAACAUCGACCUCACCUUCCAGGACUUCGCGACUGAAAUGGCGUCCAUGCCCGGCAAAUACGCCCCUCCACACGGAACCCUCCUGCUGGCACGGAACGACGCCGGUGAAGCGAUCGGAUGCGUGGGACUCCGCCCCCUAUCACCCGAGGGGUGCUGCGAGAUGAAGCGGCUGAUGCGGCUCGAUACGCUGCCCACUAUGACCUCAGCGCUGGCGUUGUACAGGAGUCUUGGGUUCGAGGAGAUAGAAGCUUACUAUGACACUCCGCUUGAGGGGACGGUGUUUCUUGAGUUGAUAUUAGAUUCGGUUAUCUUGUAA